AUGUAUUCUGUUGGUUUGGUGGCUAGAUUUCAAAGCAAUCCAAGAUCUUCUCAUCUUCAAGCUGCCAAAAGGAUUCUUAGAUAUGUCAAGGGAACUAUCUCCUAUGGUUUGCACUACAUUUUCUCCCCUACAUUGUCUAUUACAGCCUUUUCAGAUGCUAAUUGGGGUAGAUACCUACCUGACAGAAAAAGUACUUCAGGUUGCUGUUAUCUCCUUGGCUCAAAUGUUGUCUCAUGGUUGAGUAAGAAGCAGGAUACUGUCUCCCUCUCUACUUCAGAAGCUGAGUGUAUAGCUGUUUCUCAAGCUGAAUCACAACUGUUUUGGAUGACAACUACUCUGACUGACCUUGGACUUCAAUUUUUAGGUCCUCCUAAGCUCUAUUGUGAUAAUCAAAGUGCCAUUGCAAUCAGCAAGAAUCCCACACUUUACUGGAAGAGCAAACAUAUUGAUAUCAGGUAUCACUUUCUUAGAGACAAAGUCCAAAAAGGUCUCAUUGACAUCACUUAUUUAGCCACCGAUAGCAGAUAUCAUGACCAAACCUCUUCUCCCUCAGAGAUUUUCAACCCUUAG